AUGGCUCGCUCCUCCGUCGUUCAAGAAUAUGCACCGCCCGCCCCGACCCUCACCGUCGACUACAAGUCCCUCGCCGAGCUUCAAAACCUACAAAUAGCUCGUCCACAAGGUUAUCGGGUAUCAUGGCACGCCAAUCCAGCCGUCGAGCCUUACCACUUCGGCCAGUCACAUCCAAUGAAGCCAUGGCGCCUCACCCUCACUAAACAGCUCGUCAUGGCAUACGGUAUGCACCACGCCAUGGAUCUGUAUCUCGCGCGCGCAGCGACCUACGAGGAAAUGGCCGACUUCCAUGAGAGAGACUACCUCGACUUCCUCCAACAGAUCAUUCCCGGCGACAUGGACAACCCCGAACAAGCAGAUAACGUGGUGCGCUUCAAUUUCGGCGACGACUGCCCCAUCUUCGACGGGCUGUACAGCUACAGCUCGCUAUACGCCGGCGGCACUGUCGACGCCGCGCGCAAGCUCUGCAACAACCAAUCCGACAUCGCAAUCAACUGGUCCGGCGGCCUCCAUCACGCCAAAAAGGCCGAAGCCAGCGGCUUCUGCUACGUUAACGAUAUCGUCCUGGGCACACUCCAGCUCCUCCGCCACCACCCGCGCGUCAUGUACAUCGACAUCGACGUACACCACGGCGACGGCGUCGAGCAAGCCUUCUGGUCAACCGACCGCGUGCUCACAGUUUCCUUCCACAAAUACGACAAAGACAACUUCUUCCCGGGUACCGGUGCACGCGAGGACACAGGCCCCGCACACCCACUCAACCCAGGCGCCCACCACGCCAUCAACGUCCCGCUCAACGACGGCAUCGACGACGAGUCCUACAUAGCACUCUUCAAAGAGGUAAUCGGCGCAUGUAUGAAAACCUACCAACCAGGCGCAAUCGUUCUACAAUGCGGCGCCGAUAGUCUGGGCUGCGACCGACUAGGCUGCUUCAACCUGAACGUGCGCGCGCACGGCGCCUGUGUCGCAUACGCCAAGACCUUCAAGCUGCCCAUGAUGGUCGUUGGCGGCGGCGGCUAUACCCCGCGCAACGUCUCGCGCGCGUGGGCGCACGAGACCUCGAUUUUGCUCGAGGCAGAAAACAUGAUCGACCCCGUGAUCCCGGAAUCUGUCGCCUUCCGUAACCACUUCGGUCCUGAUUUCUCGCUCUUCCCGCCCCUGUCGGAGAUGCGCAAGCUUGAUAAUAAGAAUCCUCGCGCGUACCUGGAGGGCCUUGUCGAGGCGGUCCAUGAGCAGCUGAGGUACAUCAAGGGUGCGCCUAGUGUCCAGAUGAGCUUUAUCCCACCGGAUAUAUUGGGUUUGCGUGAGGAUACCGAGAAGGAGAUUGAGGAGGAGACCCUUCGGGUUGAGGAGGAGAUGGAGGAAUAUGAGGGUGGUGGGUCGAUGUCUGCUGCAUCAGCGGCGGCGGCUGGUUCUGGCUUGGCCUAUACUGGCUCUGCUGGUGCUAUCCCGCGGCCUAAUCGGCGGCGGGAUCUAGAGCGUGGGGCUGGAUCCAGGGGGGAACUGUAUUCAUGA